UAUUUUUAUGAUUUUAUAUUAGUGUUUUUUUAUUAAUUGUUCAUAUUUAGUAAUAUUAAACAAAAUCAUUUAAGAAUAUUUCAACAUAUAGAUUUAUUACAGUUUGCUCUAACAAUAUUACGUUGUCGGUUUAUAGUCCCAGAUGCUUUUUUCAUAGAUGUCACAAUAAGAUAGUAUACUUAAUCCAAUAUAAAAAUUGUUUUCACUGAAUAAUUCACAAAUAUAAUGGCUAAAGAAUAUGAUCAUCUGUUUAAAUUACUAAUCAUUGGAGACAGUGGUGUUGGUAAAAGUUCAUUACUUGUUCGUUUUGCCGAUAACACAUUUUCUGGUAGUUAUAUAACAACUAUAGGCGUCGACUUCAAAAUUAGAACAGUCCUAGUUGACGGAGAAAAAGUAAAAUUACAGAUAUGGGAUACUGCUGGUCAAGAAAGAUUUAGAACAAUCACAUCAACAUAUUAUAGAGGAACGCAUGGUGUUAUAGUUGUAUACGAUGUGACCAAUGGUGAUUCGUUUGCUAAUGUCAAACGAUGGUUACAUGAAAUAGAUCAGAAUUGUGAAGUUGUCAAUAGGAUAUUAGUUGGAAAUAAAAAUGAUGCUCCAGAUCGAAAAGUAGUGCUCACAGAAGAUGCUCAACGAUUUGCUGAUCAAAUGGGUAUUCAAUUAUAUGAAACUAGCGCCAAAGACAACAUUAAUGUUGAACAGAUGUUCAUGUCUAUUACUAAACAAGUAUUGCGAAACAAAAAGGAAACUAAGGAACGACAAGCUCAUCAAAACAAUGAUGUAGUGAAUUUAAGAAAAGGUCCCUCAAAAGGAGUAAAAAGAAAAUGUUGUUAAAUCCAUUUGUUGCUGUAAGUUUUCAGUUUUAAGCUAUAAUUACAUUUAUAAAUUUUUUUCUCUUAUAUUUUGUUACCACAUAUACAUUACUAUAAUAUGUGAACUCACUAAGCUCAACAUUAUUCUUUCACAUUGAUAAAUAAAAAUUACUCUUAUUUUUUUAUUAAUACCUGCCAAUAUGUUUCUACAUAUUAAAAUAUUGGACCCCAUUUGAUCAUUAUCAUGUUGUCAAUAUCUAUUAUGUCAUUCCUUAUAUUUA